UCUCUUCUUUCUCUAAUACCCCCCCCACCACUGUCUCUCCUUCGCCAUCUCUCUCUCUCUCUCUCUCUCUCUCUCUCUCUCUUUUCAAUCUUCUGUUUCUCCAUUUUCCUGCACGGAAAUAGAAACAAACAGAGAAAAUGCAGUUUCAUUACCCUCUCUAUUCUCUUUCUCCACCCAUGCCGACCCAUUAAACCCCCAAAGCGCCCUCCACAUUCUGCUCAUCUCUUUCUGAGAAAAAAAAAACAAAACAAAACAAGAACUGAAUAGAAGAAAUCGGUGCAAAUUACAGAAAUGCAGACCCAGUUGGUGGUUUUUCUCGCUUUUCUUGCUAUACUAGCUCUUCCGUACUCCGAACCGGAUCUCUCCGCCGACAGAGCAGCACUUCUCUCUCUUCGUUCCUCGGUGGGUGGCCGAACUCUCCUCUGGAAUGUGUCGCGUCCCACUCCUUGCUCUUGGCCCGGGGUCCUUUGUGAGCAAAAUCGCGUCACGGUGCUUCGCUUGCCCGGAGUUUCGCUUUCCGGCCGAAUCCCAGACGGCAUUUUGGGUAAUUUGACUCAGCUUCGUACUCUUAGUCUCAGGUUGAACUCCCUCAGUGGUCCACUGCCGUCAGAUCUCGGACGCUGCAUCAAUCUGCGAAACCUGUACCUGCAGGGAAACCGGUUCUCUGGGGAGAUUCCGAGUUUCCUAUUUGGCCUCCAUGACAUGGUUCGGCUAAAUCUUGCUGGUAACAAUUUCUCGGGUGAGAUCUCAGAUGGGUUUAACAAUUUGACGAGGUUGAAGACUCUGUAUCUCGAGAACAAUCGGCUUUCUGGGUCACUCCCUGAUCUGGAUUUGUCAUUGGACCAGUUUAAUGUGUCGAACAACUUGCUGAAUGGCUCAAUACCGAGUAAGUUGCAGCAUUUCGACUCUAAUUCGUUUCAAGGCAAUUCUCUUUGCGGUAAACCUCUUGAUGUUUGUGCUGGAGACGGGACUGUUGCUAGCUCACCCACCUCUCUGGGUCCGGAGAACAAUGGGGAUAACCAUAAAAAGAAGAAGAGAUUGUCCGGCGGUGCAAUUGCGGGGAUCGUGAUUGGAUCUGUGGUGGGUUUCGUUUUGAUUGUUAUGAUUUUGAUGGUUCUAUGCAGGAAGAAGGGGAACGAGAAGUCAAGGUCUAUUGACAUUGCAUCAAUUAAGCAGCAGGAGGCAGAAAUUCCUGGCGAUAAACCAGUUGGGGAAGUGGAGAAUGGAGGGUACGGAAAUGGGUAUUCCGUGGCUGCUGCUGCGGCGGCUGCAAUGGUGGGGAAUGGAAAAGGAGGAGAAGCGAACGGUACAGGAGCUAAGAAGCUUGUGUUCUUUGGAAACGCCACCAGAGUGUUUGAUUUGGAGGAUUUGCUGAGGGCUUCUGCCGAGGUUUUGGGGAAGGGAACGUUUGGAACUGCGUAUAAGGCGGUGUUGGACGCCACCACCGUGGUGGCUGUGAAGAGGUUGAGAGAUGUGACAAUUACCGAGAUGGAAUUCAGAGAGAAGAUCGAGGCUGUGGGAGCUAUGGAUCAUAAGAAUUUGGUGCCUCUCAGGGCCUACUACUAUAGCAGGGACGAGAAGCUGCUUGUUUAUGAUUACAUGCCCAUGGGAAGCUUGUCUGCUCUUCUGCAUGGAAACAAAGGAGCUGGUAGGACUCCAUUAAACUGGCAAAUGAGAUCCGGCAUUGCACUUGGAGCUGCUCGAGGCAUUGAAUACUUGCACUCUCAAGGUCCAAAUGUCUCACAUGGAAACAUCAAAUCAUCCAACAUCCUUCUCACUAAAUCAUAUGAUGCUCGACUAUCCGAUUUUGGGUUAGCCCACCUUGUUGGUUCAUCCUCCACGCCAAACCGGGUUGCUGGUUACCGAGCACCCGAGGUGACAGACCCUCGGAGAGUAUCCCAGAAGGCUGAUGUCUAUAGCUUUGGUGUGUUGCUCCUUGAAUUGCUGACAGGGAAGGCUCCAACCCAUGCCCUCCUUAAUGAGGAAGGAGUCGACCUCCCCAGAUGGGUACAGUCUAUAGUGAGAGAAGAAUGGACCUCUGAGGUAUUUGAUCUCGAGCUUCUCAGGUACCAAAACGUGGAAGAUGAGAUGGUCCAACUCUUGCAGCUUGCUAUAGAUUGUGCAGCUCAGUACCCCGACAAUCGGCCUACAAUUUCCGAAGUUACAAGGCGCAUAGAAGAGCUAUGUCAUUCAAGCAUCCAAGAAGAUCAAGAAUCGCAGCCUGAUCAGGUCAAUGUUGCAGAUAAUGCAUCUUCUUGAGGAAACUGGUCAGUCUGGCCAUAACAUUGCUGAAUGAGUUGUAGAAACAUGUCCUCUUUUUUUCUUUUUGGGUCUUUAUCCUUUAACUGUCAUGUCAAAAUCUUGUGUUUUUAGUUGAAUGUUGGAUCUGGGCGUCAUCUUAUUUUCUUUAGGAGCCAACUGUUUCUUUCAUUUUCUCUCAUUUCCAAUUGUACUAGAUUUUCUUUCUUACUUUUUCCCUCCCCUCCCUUCAAUUCAUACACUGGGUGUUGGGUAUAUGUUCCAUUUGUUAUGGUUGGAUAGAUGAUGGUGGUUGUAAUUAUUACUUGUGCUUUUUAUUAGCUUUU